AUGCAGGAGCUGUGUGAUACUCCACCUACCAAACUGUCUGAUACUCCACCUACCAAACUGUCUGAUACUCCACCUACCAAGCUGUCUGAUACUCCACCUACCAAGCUGUCUGAUACUCCACCUACCAAACUUUCUGAUACUCCACCUACCAAGCUAUCUGAUACUGGACCUACCAAACUGUCUGAUACUCCACCUACCAAGCUGUCUGAUACUCCACCUACCAAACCGUCUGUUACCCCACCUACCCAACUGUCUGAUACUCCACCUACCCAACUGUCUGAUACUCCACCUACCAAGCUGUCGGAUAUUCCACCUACCAAGCUGUCUGAUACUCCACCUACCAAACUGUGCGAUACUCCACCUACCAAACUGUCUGAUACUCCACCUACCAAGCUGUCUGAUACUCCACCUAUCCAACUGUCUGCUAUAUCUGAUACUCCACCUACCAAACUGUCUGAUUCUCCACCUACCAAGCUGUCGGAUACUCCACCUACCAAGCUGUCUGAUACUCAACCUACCAAACUGUCUGAUACUCCACCUACCCAACUGUCUGGUACUCCACCUACCAAGCUGUCUGAUAUUCCACCUACCAAACUGUCUGAUGCUCCACCUACCAAACCGUUUGAUACUCCACCUACCAAGCUGUCUGAUACUCAACCUACCAAACUGUCCGAUACUCCGUCUACCAAACUGUCCGAUACUCCACCUACCAAACUGUCUGAUACUCCAUCUACCAAACUGUCUGAUACUCCACCUACCAAGCGGUCUGAUACUCCACCUACCAAACUGUGCGAUUUUCCACCUACCAAACUGUCUGAUACUCCACCUCCCCAACUGUCUGAUACUCCACCUACAAAACUGUCUGAUCCUCCCCCUACCAAACUGUCUGAUACUCCCCCUACCAAACCGUCUGAUACUCCACCUACCCAACUGUCUGAUACUCCCCCUACCAAACUGUCUGAUACUCCACCUACCAAGCGGUCUGAUACUCCACCUACCAAACUGUGCGAUUUUCCACCUACCAAACUGUCUGAUACUCCACCUACCCAACUGUCUGUUUCUCCACCUACCAAGCUGUCUGAUACUCCACCUACCCAGCUGUCUGAUACUCCACCUACCCAACUGUCUGGUACUCCACCUACCAAGCUGUCUGAUAUUCCACCUACCAAACUGUCUGAUAUUCCACCUACCCAACUGUCUGAUACUCCACCUACCAAGCUGUCUGAUAUUCCACCUACCAAACUGUCUGAUAUUCCACCUAUCAAACUGUUUGAUACUCCACCUACCAAGCUGUCUGAUACUCCACCUAUCAAACUGUCUGGUACUCCACCUACCAAGCUGUCUGAUAUUCCACCUACCAAACUGUCUGAUACUCCACCUACCAAACUGUCUGAUACUCCACCUACCAAGUUAUCUGAUACUCCACCUACCAAACUGUCUGUUACUCAACCUACCAAACUGUCUGUUACUCAACCUACCAAACUGUCUGAUACUCCACCUACCAAGCUGUCGGAUACUCCACCUACCAAGCUAUCUGAUACUCCACCUACCCAACUGUCUGAUGCUACACAUUUUAGCCGUUUGAUUCUUUACUUACCAAUCUGUUUCAUGUAG